AUUUAGAAAGUGAGGAAUUGGAGGAGGAUGAAUUGGAAGAGGAUGAAUUGGAAGAGAAUAAAUUGGAGGAUGAAUUGGAAGAGAAUGAAUUGGAAAAUGAAUUAGAAGAGGAUGAAUUGGAGGAUGAAUUGGAAAAGAAUGAAUUGGAAAAUGAAUUGGAGGAUGAAUUGGAGGAGGAUAAAUUGGAAGAGGAUGAAUUGGAAGAGGAUGAAUUGAAGAAUGAAUUGGAUGAAAAUGAAUUGGAUGAGAAUAAAUUGAAGAAUGAAAUGGAGGAGGAUAAAUUAGAGAAGGAUAAAUUGGAAGAGAAUAAAUUAGAAGAUGAAUUGGAAAAGAAUGAAUUGGAGGAAGAUGAUGAAUUAAAAGAGG